AUGACUUGUGGUCAUUUUGAAAAUUUGCAAGCAUAUCCUCAAUCCAAAACACAUAUUUAUUAAAAUAAAACAAAAAAGAAUGUUGGAUAGGGAAGACAUAUUUGUAACCUGAGCAAGCUUUUGUACAUAUUGUGCCAUUAAAUAAAACCAGGAUAGAGUAUAUUUGCUAACGAGGAGAAGAAGGAGAGGUAUGAAUUCGGGAGAUGAAAUCAUGCCGUGACAUGCUAGACCUGAAAGACAAGAUAAAUACACCCACAUCAAAAACACAGCACACAGAGCUGGCAUGUUAACAAGACAGAAGUUGUAACGCAGCCGUUAAGACGGUCGGUUUCUUACGGUUUGAUAGAACGUCAUUUCAGUAGUGAAUCAUCACAGCCUUUCUUUGAGUGUGUAAACCUGCUGAGAACUUGAUCUGUGUAAAUAAGAAUAUAUUAAUAAUCGCUGGAGGGUGAGCAAAAGUGCAGGAGCUUUAUUUUUAAUCUUGCUGCUAGAGAAGCUGUUGGAGAAGCUCCUGGAGAAGCUCCUGCACCAGAGCCACGAGACAGCAGUCGGUCUGCAAUGACGUCUUGUCAGCAUGCUACAGAAUUGAAAAGGUGGAAUCAUAAGCAGCAAUCCAAACAAAACAGAUUUCCCUCGCUUUUUCAGUCAAACUGGUACAGCCUGUACUAUAUAAUUUGCAGUCGGUAUCCAGUCUGGCCUGCUUAGCCAGAGUCAGCACCUGUGAGCCUCACGUCACAGUCUGCAGGAUUUUACAGAAGCGAGUAGACGUUCAGGAGGCAUCACGAGCCGGGAAAACAUCAUCGUCCAGGCUCCAGGUUUAGGGCCAUACUCAGUAGGCCAUGGACUGUAAGGUGAUAGACCAAGGCAGAAGGUGUCUGCGCCUGGCCACCAUGAGGCUGCCGUACAUCUUCAUGUUCCUGCUGCUGUUCAGCGCCGGAGGUUUGCUGCUCCUUCUGCACUUACAGUACCUCACAGAAACACUCCACGAACAAACUCCAGGUAGAAAGCUCAUGUUCCCACAACAGCAGCCGGAUCAGUGCCCUUAUUGUCAAGACAAUAACACACACACCUCUAGUCCAAAAGAUAGCCAAAAGCUGAGUAGUGUUCGCCCAGUAAUUCUCUGGAAUCCUCGUGCUCCUGUCUAUCACCCCAAACGCAACGCACCUCAUAUCACCAAGAACUAUCGCAAGCUCCUCCUGAAGAACUCGGCCCUGCUCCGGCAGCUCAACAGCACUCCUGCUGGCCAGGGAUCCAAACACAUCCACCGGUUGACCCAAAUACAGCAGUCCCGCCGCAAGCUGAUGAGAGACAUGUGUGCCAAAUACAGAAGCCUCACGAGGACCAUAACCCGCAGGCAGGUGUCCCGCAUCUACGUAGAGGACACACACAAGCUCCUGUACUGUGAGGUGCCCAAGGCGGGCUGCUCCAACUGGAAGCGUGUGCUGAUGGUCCUACAGGGCCAGGCGUCCUCCACGAAGGAACUUCGGCAUGAACAGGUGCAUUAUGCAAACCACUUAAAGCGACUGGACUCCUUCGACGUCAAACAGAUUGCCCAUCGCCUGAAAACCUACACCAAAGUGCUCUUUCUGAGGGAGCCCUUCGAGAGGCUUGUCUCAGCUUUCCGGGACAAGUUUGAGAGCCCGAACUCAUACUAUCACCCAGUGUUUGGGAAGCCCAUCAUCGCCAAGUACCGUGCUAACGCGUCAAGGUCAGCCCUGCUCACCGGAGAAGGUGUGACCUUCAAAGAGUUCAUACAGUACCUGCUGGAUGUUCGGCGUCCUGUGGGGAUGGAUAUUCACUGGGAGCGUGUGGUGCAGCUCUGCAGCCCCUGCCUUAUAGACUACAACUUCAUUGGCAAGUUUGAGACAAUUGAAGAGGAAGCCAAUUUCCUCCUCAGGCAAAUCGGUGCACCUGCUAACCUGACUUUCCCCAGCUUUAAAGACAGGAACCCGAAUGCAGCCAGAACGACUUCACGCAUUACACAGGAGUAUUUUUCUCAGCUGACUUUAAACGAGAGACAGAAAACCUACGACUUUUUCUAUAUGGAUUAUCUAUUGUUCAACUAUUCCACGCCAUUCCCUGAUUUGCACUGAGAAGUUUAUGAAUGUAUAGACUGAGAACCUUUUCAAUCGCUGGUCUAUUGUUUGUGUUUUUCAGUCUAAUUGUUUUUUUAUUUCUCUUUUUACUGUAAUUCAUCAGCCUAUUUUAUCUGGCUUAGGCAUACCUAUUAAGGUUUGUACGAGCGUACACAACUCUGUCAGAUCUCAUAAAUAUGCUCAUUAUGACUCACUCUCUCUCACUCAAUUUCAGUGACCGCUUUAUCCAGAUCAGGGUCGCUGUGAAUCCAGAGCAUAUCCUGAGAACAAUGGGAAUGUGUCAGGAAAUACAUCUUGGAUGAAAUGCUAAUCAUCUCAGAGCUUAAACGUGAUAUUAUGAAGGAAUAAAGCAUUGUAAUGAGGUGUGCUUUUAUAGAAAAACAGUUUACAAUUGGGUCACGUGCUGUGUGAUUUUUUAAACAACACGUUUCAAAGUGUUCCUCUUACAGUAUACAGUAUACAGUAUACACUUAAGGUGUAAUGUCUGCGAAGCAGGAUCGCUGCUGUUAUCACUUUCAUUAGAAUGGCAGUUGAUCCCUAAUCUAACCUCUAUUUUAAUCCCAGUUGAAAUUAGUAAGAAACAAACAAACAAAAAAAAGCACAAAACCCUCUGUGUCAAAGACUUUCCAACAACGGAAAACAAACUUAGACUUAAAUCUUAAGUUUUGACUCAGAGCACUCAGACUGAAUGAAGUCUUCUAUCAUAAAUGAUGAAUAAACAACUGACUGAAAUAUAUAUAUAUUCAGUCAGUAUAUAUAAAAAUAUAAUUUUUUUCCAAAUAUUUGCUCACAAUUAUUAAGCAUUCUUGUGUAAUAUAAUGAUUUCUUCAGUGCCACAUGAUAUUACACUGCCACAAUGAACACAGUGAUGUUUACUCAAUUUUAUUAUAUUACAUUUUACCUUUACACUAAGAGCUCAGCAGUUAAACAACACUUGUUCCAUUUAAAUAUUAUAUUUUAGUAUCAUCUGAAAAUACAACCAAAAGAGCAUAUUUUUGCUCCUCAGAAAUACAUUAGGAAUAAUCCGGUCAUGUCCCUUGGAUUUUUUUUUUUUCACCAGCUGACGUUUCAAAGCUGUCUCUACUCUCCUUAAACAUGAAAUUGUAGAAAUGUUCAUUUUCCUGACCUUUUUUGUUUUGCAUGAAUAAAUUAUUGUGAUUUUUUUUUUUAAAUAAAUGGCAAAAAUUACACACAGGGAUAAAUCAAUAUUACACAAGCCUGACUUUAUUUAGGUUCAAAUGAACCUUUACAAUUUUUAGGAUGUCAAUGAAGUACUAAACAUUGAUCAUUCAUUUCACCUUUAAUUUAUUGCCUUGAAUGUUUCUCAGUUUGCACAGUUUUUGUGUCUUGAUGCCACUAGUAGCUUAAACACACACUGUUAUUGAGCCAUAGAUGAAUGAUGAUGUUUGAAGUGUAUGAUGUGGAUGUCUGGUGUGAUUUGGUGUUCUAUUCAGCCCAUAAAACACAGUGUAGCAUGCCUUUAGCCUUACAGCAUACUGCCGGUCAGCACUUAUCUCCAUUUUUACUUGUUGGGAAUGUUUCAGUUUAAAGGAAAACAUAAUGUAUAAAAAAAAAAGCGUGUGUACCUCACAAAGUUAAUGACGCUGUCUUAAUUUCAAAGUUGAAUGUAUAAUAUCUAUGUGCCAUUGAAUUUUUUUUUUUUUACUGUUGAUUAUAAUGUAUUCGGAUUAGAUUAUUUAAAUUAUAACAGGGAGGUGGAUUACCAAAUUUUAACCAAAUAAACUGGUUUUAAGAUGGUGUAAUCCAACAGAUUUGUUUGGCUUCUGUUAUAGAUUGUGCUGCAUUGUAACAACUGCUCAGUGUUUUAAUGUUUUUACUGUUAUCUCAUUUAUGGCCCAUAGUCAUUUUAACCCCUUAAACUCCCACCCAGAAUAAUAUGUUAUAAGAUCAAUUCCAACAACUAUAACUAAAGCUAUAUUUUAAUAAUUAUGAAUGUAUGUGAAAGCCUCUUUUUGCAAAGUUAUUGUUGUUUCUCUAC